AAAACAGUUGUUCUUCACUUGCUGUAAGACUGUCGGUUGGAUGAGACGUUCGAUCGCUGACGUGUAGAAAAUAACAUCAUGCUGACAUCACUCGCCCUGCUGUUGCUCACAGCAACCUUGGCUCUGUCUUGUAAUCCGGCGUCAACACCACCAACGGCAGCGCCAGCAUCAUCUGAUUCUCCCGACAGUCAAGUUGAUGGAGAGACUGUGGACUUCUUUGUUGGAGAGGUGGAGUUUGUUGACAUCAUGUGCGGGAUCGCAAUUAAUCGGCUCCGUCGUUCACCACCGAAUCCAAUUGAUGAGUACCGUCCGACACACAGCCUUCUCCGCUUCAGGGGACAAGUAUUCGAAUGGGGCGUGGCUCCACUGUCACUCAGAUUCCGAAGUCGUGGUUCAAUGAACAGGGAUCCAUCAAGUCAGUGCAUCACAUGGGACAACGCACCACGUGGCAAAAGUGCGUGCACACUCGCUCAAGCGCAGGAAUGGGCGGAUAACUACCACUCCACCUAUGGCUCGUACAAUUUAUUGCUCAACAACUGUCAUAUGUUUGUAAUUGAGAUGAUGACUUUCUUAGAAACAGGCUGUUGAAACACCAAAUGUACGAAUUGACCCUACUUCAAUGUAUUAAUAAAUGGUUGAAUUUGGGGUGCAUGGGAUGAAACAGACAUUUAUCCGUGAUAAGUCGAGUAUUAUAAAUACAAUUACAGGAAAAUACAUAGGAAUAGUAGUAGUAAACCAUGUGCUAUAGAUUAAUAUUGCAUCGUUAUAGACCAGUAUUCCAAUGUCCAUCUUCAAUUCUCUUCUUUUGAUCGACUCUGAAAAUCUGAUCUUUCCAUUCAUUUCCCGUCUUCUAGUGAAAGCCUAUCAUUAUUAUAUCCAAAGAAUGUACUUAUAUGUACAGUAUAAUCAUGUUUCCUUAAUAAACAAAAAAUGAAACCAUUA